AUGGCUCUCAUCCCUUCUGGUCCUGGCGGCUCGCCGCAGGGGUCGGGGCGGGGCGGCGCUGAGUGCGCAGGCGCGGCGAACCGGUGGGCGGGGCGCGCGCGCGCGCGUGCAGGAAGGGACGGCGUUGCGCGGCCAGCCGUGGGCGUGGGCGUGGGCGCGGGCGGAGGUCGAAUCCCUGGCGGGCGCCCAGCGAUUGGGCGUCGCUACUGUUCGCCGCACGGAAUGGAGGGGACGGCCGUGGCCGUCUGCGAGAUACUGAAAUAUUUAAUUAUUCACUGGAGGUGUGAAACAGCAAGAAUAUCAAAGGGAGCAUUGCUAGAAGGAGAGCUAGUGAUUUCCAUAGAAGCAUUAAAUUCUAAGCACCAGGCAAAUACUCUUCAUUGUGUAACAACUAUUGCUUCUGCAGGAAGCAUUUUUGGCGGUUUGGUCCUCAAGAAGUUCCUAAAAGGAAUACAGUCUAUACUUCCUGGACUCUCUGCAGAGCUGAGCUGGACUUCAGAGGAAGCCAGCUAUUCUCGGGACGUUUCAGGGGUAACACCCUUCCAGAUGAUUUUUGAGGUUCAUGAAAAGCCCAAAACUUUGAUGACAGAUAGCCUGGUUAUAAAGAACUUUUUACGCAGAGUCAUCACUGUGCUCCCCAAGAUUAGAUUUAAUUUUAGUGUCAAGGUGAAUGGAAUCCUCUCCAUGGAGAUCUUUGGGGCAGAGAAUGAACCUACUUUGAACCUGUCAAAUGGAAUUGCUCUUGUCGUAAACUAUCGGCAUUAUGUGAGUACACCAAAAUUUGGUACAACUGAAUUACUCUGCAGCAGAAUCCAUCCUGUGCUAGGACAUCCAGUAAUGCUCUCCAUCCCUGAUGAUGUGGCUAAAAUGGGCUUGUUGGGGGAGCUGAUACUGACUCCAGCUGCUGCUCUCUGUCCUUGCCCAAAGGUCUUUUCCAACCAGCUGAAUAGGAUUUCUUCAGCUUCCAUAUUUCUAUAUGGACCUUCAGGUCUGCCUCUGAUAUUGCCGAAUCUGGAGCAGCCAACUUCUACUAUCUUCAAAGAUACCUCUUAUUUCAUUAACUGGAAGAAAUACCACUUGUGUAUGGUGCCCAAUUUGGAUUUCAAUUUAGAUAGAGAUUUGGUGCUUCCCGAUGUGAGUUCUCAGGUGGAAUCCAGUGAGGGGGAUCAGACUCAGAAUAUGGACCCCCAGGGACAAACUCUGCUGCUUUUUCUCUUUGUGGACUUCCACAGUGGAUUUCCAGUCCAGAAAAUGGAGCUCUGGGGAGUCCACACUUUGCUCACAACUCAUCUCAGUGCCAUUCUCACGGAGAACCACGGUGUGGUGCAAGAUUCCAUCCAGGUCACUGUGGACCAGGCCUUGGAGCAGCAUCACCAGGCUGUCAAGGCUCAUCAGAAACUACAGGCCUCACUCUCAGUGGCUGUGAAUUCCAUCAUGAGUAUCAUCACUGGAAGCACCAGCAGCAGCUUCCGAAAGACAUGCCUCCAGACGCUUCAAGCAGCUGACACACAGGAAUUUGGGACCAAGCUGCAUAAAUCAUUUCAUGAGAUCACCCAGAACCGAUUUCUUCACCACUGCUCACGUGAGGUGAAGCAGCAGCUGCUCCCAGAGAAAAAUAAUGCAGAGCAGAGCACAGAGGAUGCACAUGAGAACAGCAGCCUGGAGCUCCUUGCAGAGACCAGCGGGCAAGUAGAAAAAAAGAGUCUCAAAAGAGGUGGUAGCCUUUGCCAAGGAGUGGAAGAGACGCGGGCUUUCCAUUCCCCUCGGGCCCUGAACCCGUCAGAGGACACCUUGCGCCGCGCGGAACCCACCGCGGCUCCCCUGACCCCCAGGAGCGGCCUGGAGGAUGCGCUGUGGCUGCAGGAAAUCUCCAAUCUGUCCGAGUGGCUAAGUCCCGGUUCUGCGUCCUGAACCGGGCCCCCUCCCGCCGCCUCCACGUCGGCCCCGCCGCUGCCGGGGCCGCAUG